UUCCAAAAAUAUCAGAACCUUCACAACUUAUGACAGAAAAUACACGUUCUGAUCUUUAUGUUGCACUCCCUGUUCUCAGUCAAGGAAAGAAAUGGGUCUUACUAUACAGUACAUGGAGGCAUGGCAUAUCUCUUUCAACCUUAUAUAGAAGAAGCAAUCUUUGCCCUGGGUUAAGUCUACUGGUUGUUGGAGAUCGUAAAGGUGCAGUGUUUGGUGGUUUAGUUGAGGCACCUUUGAAACCAUCAACAAAGAAAAGAUACCAGGGAUCGAAUGAUACAUUUGUGUUUACAAAUACACCAGGGCGUCCUGUUAUAUAUCGCCCCACAGGGGUGAAUCGGUAUUUUACUCUUUGUUCAACUGAGUAUUUAGCGCUUGGUGGGGGAAAUCAUUUUGCAUUGUAUCUCGAUAGUGACUUAUUGAAUGGGUCAAGUUUGGCCUCAGAAACUUAUGGUAACUCUUGUUUGUCACACACCCAAGAAUUUGAAGUGAAGGAAAUUGAGCUGUGGGGGUUUGUAUAUGCUUCAGAGUAUGAAGAGGCGAUAUCAAUGUUGAGGACAGAAGCACCUGGGAUAUGUCGAUGGUUUAUACUGCCCCUGAUUCUGCCUGGUAUAAAAUGCCUAAGUCUACAAGGUGAGCUUUGUGGUUGGACAUGCUUUUACAUUGGUGUGGCUGCUGUUGCUUUUGGAUGCUCUUAUUAUCACCUCAAACCAAAUGAUGGUCACCUUGUUUGGGAUCGUUUGCCUGACAACAGAUGCAAAUGAGGAAUCUUCACGAUCACAUGCCAUUCUUCGUUCAUAAAUCUUGCAGGAAAUGAAAGAGGUACAGAGACAACUGAUAAUGAUAAGAAAACA